GGGGGGGGGAGGGGAGGACAAGGUGGGCGGUGAAGACGGAGUUCCGGCCGCUGCCCGGAUGUCGGGAAAGAAAGCCGGCGAGCGGCCUUCUAGGAAGUGUAGUGCCGAGGCCCGGACCCGCGACUACGCAUGCCCAGCAGCUCUCGGGCCUGGGUGAGUUUCCAAGCCUGGUGGGCAGGUGCGGAUCCUUUUCCGACGCCCCCCGCGCUGCAGGGAAACCGAGGCCUCUCCAGGCAGUGUCCAACAUGACCUCGUACGGAACGGAUCGAGGGCCGCCUGCUGUGGCACUUUGAGCCGAGUCUCCGUUAGUUCGAGACUUAAAAAUGAGGAAGUGACUGGAGCACUUCCUCCCGCGCCUUUCAGCUCCUGCCUUUGGUAGCCAGGGCUGCUGCUGAUGAGUGACCAGGGGGGCCCCGUGAGAUUCUGGGACGUGGCGGUGGACUUCAGCCCGGAGGAGUGGGGGUGUCUGGCCCCAUCCCAGAAGGCGCUCUACAGGGAGGUGAUGCUGGAGAACUACCGGAACCUGGCCUGCGUGGGACUGGCUGUUGUCAAACCCGCUGUGAUCCGGAAGCUGGAGCAAGGGGUAGAGCCAUGGAUGCCCGAGCGAGACGCCCCCAACGGCGGCUGUCCAGAUUCAGAAAUUAGUCCUGGAAUCACAUACUCUGAUCCAAAGCUUAACGUUUCCACAGAACUAUCAUUGCAGACGAGUCUCAGAAAGAAGGAUCUCUUCCUCUCCACCUUGGAACAAUCCCAGGAAUGUGAUGCUAGUCUAGGAAAGCAAGUGAGCAGGAAAGAGAAACGUUCUCGAUCUUGUAUUAGACAGAAAUAUUAUGAAUGUCAUGAAUGUGGGAAUGUUUUCCCCCAGAGGACAGCCUUGACUCGACACUUGAGGAUUCACACUGGAGAGAAACCUUAUGAAUGCGACGAAUGUGGGAAAGCCUUCCGUGUGAAUGACUUGCUUAAUAUGCACAAGAGGAUUCAUACUGGGGAGAAGCCUUACAAGUGCAGUGAGUGUGGGAAAACCUUCCGUGUGAGCGAGCAUCUUACCCAGCAUCAGGUACUUCACACGGGAGAGAAGCCUUACCAGUGUCACGAAUGUGGGAAAUCCUUCUACCGGAGCACAGAGCUUACUCGACAUCAGAGAAUCCAUACUAGCGAGAAACCUUACGAAUGCAGUGAAUGCGGAGGAGCCUUCCGUUGGAGGUCUGCUCUCACUCAACAUCAGACGAUUCACACCGGAGAGAAGCCUUAUGAAUGUCGUGACUGUGGGAAAGCCUUCAGGCGGAGCACGGAUUUUACUCGUCACCAGAGGAUUCACACUGGAGAAAAGCCUUACGAAUGUCUUGACUGUGGAAAGGCUUUCAGCAGAGGCACGGAACUUACUCGACACCGGACGAUUCAUACUGGAGAGAAACCUUAUGAGUGCAGCGAAUGUGGGAAGACCUUCCGUUGGCGGGCAGCUCUCACUCAGCAUCAGACAAUUCACACCGGAGAGAAACCUUAUGAAUGUCGCGAGUGUGGGAAGGUCUUCCGCCUGAAGAUACAGUUUUCCCGACAUCAGAGAAUCCAUACUGGAGAGAAACCUUAUGAAUGUGAUGAUUGUGGAAAGACCUUCCGCCGGAGGUCACAGCUUACUCAACAUCAGAGAAUUCAUACUGGAGAAAAACCUUAUAAAUGUCAUCAAUGUGGGAAGGCCUUUGGCUGGCAAACAGAACUCACUCGACAUCAGAGAAUUCAUACAGGAGAGAAACCUUAUGAAUGUAAUGAAUGUGGGAAAGCCUUUCGUGAGAGUGGGACCCUUACUGCUCACCAGAGAAUUCACACUGGAGAGAAGCCUUAUAAAUGUAAUGAAUGUGGGAAAGCCUUUUGUGCGAAUGGAAAUCUUACCCGCCAUCAGAGAAUUCACACUGGGGAGAAACCUUAUGAAUGUCAGCAUUGCCAGAAGGCUUUUCCCCAGAAAGAAAAACUUAUUCGACAUCAGAAAAUUCAUGAUGCAGACAAAUCAUAUCAGUUAAUCAGUCAAUCAACAAGCAUUUAUUAAUCACUUUCUAUCUUCUAGGUACUAUGCUAGAUGACCAAGGAUACAAAUUCCAAAUAUAUAAAUGCCUUAUGAAUGUUAUGACUUCUGUCAGGGAAUUCCAACUCAACUCAACAAAUAUUUAUUAUAGAGUUCUUUCAUGUGUCAGACAUUCUGCUAAUUACUAGGAAUACAGACACCCAAAAUGUAACCAUUCCUUCCUCACUCAACGAUGGAUGGUUCCCAUUGAAGAAAGAAACAAUGUCAAACUCAAAUAAAUUGAGACAAUUCUUUUUUGAUAGAAACCUGAGGGAUGUGGAACUACAUUUAAGUACAAGUUUUGUUGAACUCCCUAACGCUGCUUGCCACAUAUUGAGGCUUUUUCUCAAUCCUCAUUCUUUUAUCCCUCUCUGUGAUAUUUCACUCUGUCAAUCACCUUUUCCUCCUUUCUAGGUUUUCCUUUCCAGGUUUCUAGGAUCAUAUUCUCUCCUGGAUUUCCUCCUCUUCAAUUGUUCUUUCUCAGUCCCCUGUGCUGAUUCCUCAAUCUGGCUCAACCUGCGAAGUGGAGACCCUUCCUUCCCGCACCCAAGGUUUUGUUCUGGACUCUCUUCUUUCUCUCUAGCCUGUGUCACUUGAUGAUCUCUCCAGUUCCUAUGGGUUCAGUUAUCCUCUCUCCACAUAGGAUUCCUGCAUUUAUAUAUCUCUCUCUGAGCUCUUUCCUAUGCAAGAGUUCCCCCCCCCCCCCCCCAACACCACUGCCUAUUGGAUAUCUCAAACCAGAUAUCCUCUGGGCACCUGAAACUCAGCCCUCCAAACUCCAGAGCUCCACAGCCUCUUUCCCCAACUCUCCUUUCUGCUGAACUUCGUUAUUACUGUUGAGAACAACAUUAUCCUCCCAGUCACUUAGGCAUCUAGCUUUGGCGUCAUCCCUAGCUCCUUCCCCCUAUCCAAACUGUUGCCAGGACUUUCCACAUUCCCAGUUUCUCUUCAACAAGUUCCCAUCCUUUCUCCAGCUCAGUCCCCACUCUGGUUCACGCUUUCAUCACCUCACACCUAGGCUGUUGCAGUAGAUGCUGGUGGUUCCGUCAGGAGUCAUAAGUCUCUGUUUUAGUUCAUACUACAAACAACUGCCAGAAUAAUUACCUUGCCUAUUCCCAGUGAAUCCCAUUCCAGAGCGAAUAUAAAAUCUCCUCUUUGACUUUUAAAGCCACAUGUCUCCUUUUAUCUUUCAUUGUCCAAAGUUCGUUGGGAUUGUCUGGGAUCGCUGAAGCAUUGAGAAGAGCCAUGUCUUUCAUUCUUGAUCAUUGCACAUUCUUGCUGUUACUGUGUACAGUGUAUUCCUGGUUCUG